AUGUUGGUGUUCAAGCUGGACUUCCUAGUCUUGUGCAGCAGCAACAACCUCCAGUUACAGGGGUUACUCAAGGAAAAUGCAAAUGGUAGCAAAUACCGGGCAUAUGGAGGUGACUUUGGAGAUACACCAAAUGACUUAAAUUUCUGCUUAAAUGGUAGCAUAUGGCCUGAUCGGACUCCUCAUCCUGCUCUAAAUGAAGUCAAGUAUUGCUAUCAACCAAUUAAAAUUUCAUUCACCAAUGGCAUAAUUAAGAUUACAAACAUCAAUUUCUUUCAAACAACAGAAGAUCUAGAGUUUAAUUGGGUGAUUGAAGGUGAUUUUGGUUCUUGAAACGAGAC